GGUCUUCUCCGAGCAGAUAUGACCAUGCUCCUUUCGCGUGACAAUUCCAUGCACGCCUGCAACAGCGACUGAUAAAGAUCAUUCAUGCGAUCAGAAACCACAAGCAUGAAGACGACACUCAUCUUCAGCGUGCUCGCGGCUCUCGCCAGCGCCACAACAUCCAUCCCCGCGUCCCCGUCCGCCACAAUCACGGGUCCCCCGGCAAGCUUGACAGUCGGCGCCUCAAUCCCGACUUUCACCUACACUCUCUUCGGCUCAACCAUCACGGGCAGCGCGACUGUGAUCCCGUGCGCGACCGUAAUCAUAAAUGCCGUCAGCAUUUACAUCCUGGAGGACAACUCCGACUUCGUGGGAGACGCGGACCUAGACUUCACGUUCAAUGGCAUCACGGUGAAUCACGGCACCCCCACGCCCCCGGCGGCGUGCUGGACUCCGCCCAGCAUCACGUCGACCAGCAGCAGCACCACCACGGCUAGCAGCGGUAGCAGCACGAGGUCGUCUGCGACAACCACCGCCACACCCAACGCCGCUCGGCCAGCGCAGAUGGACUCAGCGCAACUGUUUAGCUGGGCGGGUGUCGCACUAGGCGCCGUGGCCAUGGCCAAUGCCUAGAAUCGAGGGAUUUGAGAUGCAGGAGCAGGAGCACCGGCGUGGCCACGGGCUUCUCAACGGCACCAAAGAAUGGAUCCAUAGAAUGCAUGGGUAUGCAUUGUCUAGAACGGGGCGUCUGGAGUCUGGGACAAAUAUCAUAGCAUAUAGCGUGAACUGGCAGAUCACUUCGACAAUACAAAUUGACUUGCUUCCGAGAUGGUCAUCCUCCAGGCGGGCGUGGCAGCCAUAUCAGUGCACUUGAGAAACGACGAGAGUCAACGG